CUUAAAAUACUUUCACCACCCCUUUGUUUCAGCCUGUUUCCUUUCAACUUUCCCUCAGAUCUCUAAAAAUAUUUAGCUCUCUGUGACUCUGUCUCCGAACUCAGACGACCGGCGCCGACGCUACCUCCACGCCGUCACAGCUCCAGCCUCGUGUUGCUCCACACUGUCGCAGCUACUGUUGCUCCAUCGAAAUUCGGUGUGCUCGUGUUGCGCGAUCCGUCCCGCCGCAACUUGUGUUCCUCCGCCGCAAGUCGACGUCCACGGUCCUUAUCCACACUACACCGCACACUCCACACCGCAGCUUCCAAAACAUGUCGUCGUCCCAAUUUAACUACUCGAACGCAACGAGCAGCAGCACCACGGGCUCCUAUUUUCCUAUGCCCUUUCAUCUCCAGCAAUCUGCCGCAACGACGCUGUCUCAGUACUCCACGCCCAGUGUGGGCCCUGCACUCCCCGUAGUGGCCCCCGUCUACCCUGCCGCCCCGGCGCCGGCCCCCGCCCCCGCAGUUUACACCCUCCCUCAGUACCAUCAGGCCCAACAGUUGUUUCAAAGGGAUGCACAGACUAUUACACCAGAGGCACUGGAAAGUGUAAAGGCUGCUCUUGCAAGCAGUGAGAUUGAGCACAAAGCAGAGACCAAGAAGAAAGCAGUUCCUCGUAAAGCUGCUGGCCAAACAUGGGAGGACCCAACACUUGCAGAGUGGCCAGAAAAUGAUUAUCGCCUCUUUUGUGGAGAUCUUGGUAAUGAGGUUAAUGAUGAUGUUCUUUCAAAAGCAUUUUCACGAUUCCCUUCCUUUAACAUGGCUAAAGUUGUUAGAGAUAAGAGGACAGGCAAGACCAAGGGCUAUGGAUUUGUCAGCUUUGCCAACCCCUCUGACCUUGCUGCUGCCCUCAAAGAAAUGAAUGGUAAAUAUGUUGGAAAUCGGCCAAUCAAACUACGCAAGAGCAAUUGGAGGGAAAGGAUAGACACAGAUGCAGUAGAAAGACAAAAAAACCUAAAUCAAAAGAAACCAAGGCUUUCGAAGAAGAGUGUAUUGCACAAGUGAACUCAAAUGGCACUCAGUGCCAUACCGGAGGAAGAAUUAAUGGAAAGCAGCUUUCGUUGGAACGUCUUCCGGUCAACUGCACGGAGGGAUUCAUGGUAAGGCUUGGCGGUGGCUGUUUCCAGGAGGAGCUAUUAACUGUGAUAUUGUAUAUUUUUAACAACAUAGCGUAAAAGAAACUAUUGAUGGAAGAAAUUAGAAGGGAUGUAAUGGAAAGAAAUUAAGGAUUAAGAUGUAUCGGUACCUUGUUUCCGUCUUGAUUAAGGGACUAUGUUUAUUAUAUGUUA